AUGAUGACCCCCAUUAUUUGGAUAUCAUAUUUAAUAAAUGUAAUAUGCUGUGUUACAUUAAGAAACCAUUAUUUUAUUAAAUCUUACUAUUAUUCUAAGAUAAAAAAUAGAGAAAAUAAAAUAUAUGGGAUACCUAGAAUGUACAGAUGGUUAACAUCUUAUUAUCCUACAGUAAGAGAAGAAUUAAUUAAUAAUGAAAAGCAAAAAGUGGUUGAUAUUUUUUAUAUUGAUAUGAAUGGAGUUAUUCAUCACUGUACUCAUGCCAACAAAGAUAAAUUACCUAUAUAUGAUGAACAUCAGUUAUUUUCAAAUAUUUUACAAUAUUUAAAAAAUUUAUUUUAUUUAAUAAAACCAAGAAAGUUAAUAUAUAUUGGUGUUGAUGGGGUCUCACCAAAAGCAAAAAUGAAUCAGCAAAGAAAAAGAAGAUUUUUAAGUUUAUUUAAAAUUCAUGAAAAUAUUAAUACAUCAAAUUUAUUUAAUCCUAAUUGUAUAACAACAGGAACAGACUUUAUGUAUAAAAUAAACUUAUCAUUAAAUAAAUGGUUUAAGAUUUUAAAAAAAAAAAAAGUUUUUAAUUUUCAAGUUUUAUUUUCGGGUUCUGAUGUUGCUGGAGAGGGAGAACAUAAAAUUUUGAAAUUUAUUAGAGAGAAUUGUAAAAGAGAUUCUAAUUUUAAAAAUUAUAAUCACUGUAUAUACGGAUUAGAUGCUGAUCUAAUUAUGUUAUCUUUAGUUACUCAUUUAAAUAAUAUAUUUAUUUUGAGAGAUAAAUUUAAAAUAAAUAAUGAUUCACAAAACAGUAUUUUAGAAAAUAUUGAAAAAUCACAAGUGGGACUUAAUAUAUAUGAUAAUAUUGCUCCUAGUGAAAAUGAUAAAAAGGAAGAAACUGUAGAAAAAAGCACUCUAGAUGGGGAUACUAAAAAUAAUGAUUCGAUAGAAGAAAAAUUUAUAGAAGAGGAAUCUUCAGGAAAAUAUGAGGAAACAAAUAAAGAAGAGAGAGAUAAAGUUUUAAAAGUUGGUAGUGAACAUAUUGAAGAAUUUGAUGGAUAUAAAAAAUACUUCAAUAAAAUUCAUAAAUAUACUAAAGAUUAUUAUAUCAAUCAUGAAUGUUUAAAUAGCAAUGAUUUUGAAGUAUUAGAUAUUUAUAAAUUACGAAAUUCUAUAAAAACACAAAUAGCUACAUAUAUAAAUAAAUUAAAAAAAAAUAAAAAUAUAGUUUUUAGUAUAAAUAGAGUAAUUGAUGAUAUAGUUUUCUUAUCAUUUUUAGUAGGGAAUGAUUUCCUACCCCAUAUUCCAAAUAUUGAUAUAAAUGAAGGAUCAAUGAAUGAAAUUUUAAAUUCAUAUAUAUUUUACAUUUAUAAAUAUUCUAAUUAUAUAACAUAUAAAGAUAAGGUACAUAUACAGAGAUUAAAAAUUAUAUUAAAAAUUUUGAGUGCACAAGAAUUUGAAUAUUUUAAAAAAAGAGGAAUAAAUGAAAAAAUUUCAGAAUUCACAGAUGAAAAAAAAUAUAAAAAUUAUUAUUAUCUUCAUAAAUUUGGUUUUAACGAUUCAACAAAAAUACAAGAGAUUGUAAAAAAAUAUAUAGAAGGAUUAUUUUGGAAUUUGCAUUAUUAUCAUUUUGGUUGUGCUAGUUGGUAUUGGGAAUAUCCAUAUCAUUAUGCACCUUUAUGUAGUGAUUUAUUAAGUUUUGAAAAAUCAGAUUUUUUUUUUGAAAAGGGAAAACCUUAUUCUGCCUAUACUCACUUAAUUAGUGUUCUACCGCAAAAAGAUAAAAAUCUUCUACCAGAUGCAUAUAAAAAUAUUUAUGUAGAAGAUGAAGUCAAAUCGUUUUUCCCAGAAAAUGUUAAAAUUGACCCAAACGGAAAAAAAGAAACAUGGGAAUACAUAGUACACUUGCCUUUUAUAAAUUGUAAUAUGAUAGAUAAAAUAAUUACGGAAAAAAGUAAAAAAAUUUCAAGUCUUAAAUUUAAAUUAAGGGAGUUAAAUGGAAGGGAACACAGAUAUUAA